AUGCCAUAUCUGACGCGACUCGGAGCGUGGACGACGUUGUAUUUCUAUCGCGCCAAUACAAAGUUCGUCAUUCCAUUGAAGCAGUUUGAAAAAUCCUAUUUAUUUGCUUUUCUCCAACGUCAACGACUUCCUUCCACUGCUACAGUUAUCAAGCACUUCCAGCCAUCCACCUGUGCAGUCAUUCUCCUUGUUCAGCACCCGUCCGGCAGCGCGCCAUUCAUCCUCGAGCUAGCCGAUCGCAGACUGGGAUAUCGCAGUGCAGAGAUUAGCUCGGACAUACAAUGGACACCAGCUAUCGAAGCUCGAGAUGCCGUACGCGAUAUCCAGUCCAGGGCCAUAGUCAACUGGUUCAAGCUCAUACGAUACUACGGCAACCGAAACUGGCCUGAUAAAGGAAGGAUUGGGAGGAUUGGAUGUGGGAAGUCUCUACCUGGCUGUGGAAAUUGCAUGAGUACGAUACGGAGCUGGCGGCAUAUCGUUUUUUGUGGCGCCUGCAAGGGACUGUCAUCCUUCGCCUACACGCUCGUCUACCCCAUCACCGAUGCCAUUCGAGGUCUCGCUUUGGAGUACAUACUCGGCUCAAGCAUGGAGCAAGUCAAAUCCGGUAUUGACGUGUCCCACGAAGAUGCCAAGACCAUCUCCAGCCGUUGCUGGACGCGUUCUGUG